AUGUAUCGGAUCGUCGGUUCGAAUAAUCUUAGCGAGAAGAUCUCACCAAAAUCUCUCUUAAUAUUUAUCGGUGCUGGAGCCAUCGUUUUGUUUUUGCUGUUUGAGGUGAGAGAUGGAGUGAGCGAUGAUCGUUAUGAAUUUGUUGUCGAAGAGGGAGAAACGAGAGUUUCUAAGGAAUUCAUCUUUAGUGAAAAAAAACCUUUAUCUUCGCUUCACCUUGAUGACAUUUUGGGUCCAUACGAUGUAGAACAGUAUAAAUUGGAUGACGGAACACUGACAGGCGAUGAGAUAUUUGUAUGGUAUGCGUUCUACGAUCGAAGAGAUCCAGAAGGACCACGGAUACGGAUAUUGGCGAAUACAGUCUGUAAAGAGCUGAAGAUAGAGGAUGUGGUUGUUGAAAUGAGUCCCAAUGUUCGGUUAGCUUUGGCCUGGGUCGAGGUGCUUGGAUCGGCUGGUUGUACUGGAGGUGUCGGUGGACAUUGCCGACUGCAAGAAACUGAUCUCUCAACGGUUGUUUAUCGAGGUGAAAUACCUGAUGAGAUCUCGAUCAUCCGCAAAGGCAAGAAAGUCAAAGUGAAGUUGCACGUAAUGCCCACAGAAUACAAAGAUGAGAUCAAUUCCUGUAUCAUUGCACCUCUAUUUUGGUACAACGACUGGCCAAGACUAUUCGUUUUCUUUGAGUGGUGGAAGAGAAACAAAAUCCAUAAGAUUCUCCUUCAUAUUCAUUCAAUUUCGGCACCAACAAAGAAAGUCAUUGAUUAUUAUGUUAAACAGGGACUUGUCGAGGUUCGUCCUUUCCCAUUGAUGCCAUUUACAAAACAAUAUAAUCCAAACAACCAUGCCUAUUAUUCGUCUGAACACAUGACGACGUUCUUUUGCUCUAUUUGGUCAAACACGCAAUACACGACAAUGAACGAUGUUGAUGAGCUUUUUCAUGUCGUAAAUCGAAGCGAAACUCUUCUCGAUGUGGCUAGACGACAAAUGGGUUCAAAUUCAAAUUCUGGCGUUGGAGCAGUCGGGUUACCACACCAUGCACUCGGAUUUCCGGGUGGAAUUGCUCCAGAACCAUGGGAUUUCGAGAAAUUUCAACAAAUGGCUUUCGUCAAAGAAACACAUCCAUUUGCGGAAGCAAGAUCUGGAAAAUACAUCUAUAAAACGAAAUACGCAAAGUUACCGGGGAUUCAUGGGAUGCGCCUGUUUUACGCCAAGAAAUACUUUGAAAUGCUUCCCAAAGAGCAAGCCGUCUAUCUCCAUAUGCGAAACGAGUUCACCAACAUUUCGAAACCGCGAAUCUUUCCCGAUUUCAAGUUAUUCGAGGAUCAAGCGCUUCUCGAGAUGAGUCAAAUCUUGAACGAAAUCUUCAGCGACGGACCACCGAGUUUCAAAUUUCCAGAAACGAGGGUCAAAGUUGAUGAUUGUAUACAAAGGGCACUUGUAGAAAUUCGGGAUCAAGAUUGCAUCAAACCGACGGGGACAACGUGUUACGCCGCACUGAAAGAUCUCGAUGAAUGGCUUUAUGCAAAACCGAUUGAGGAUAGUAGAUUUCUUUAUGUU